CUGUUAGUAAGAGAAUUCAAUCCGACAAGUCCCGAGGUUUGAGACCCCAAUAGGAGCUCUGUACAGGGAACAUCGCCUGCAAGUUCAUCUCAUCCUACAGAUCGUACAGCCACAGACGGAACAUGGAAGUGAAGACGACGAUCGUUGUAUCUGUUUUUGUGACGUUAUUUUUAACUGCCCAAGUGUUAUCCGCCCCUAUGAGCGGAGAAGAGGGUGAAUCUGAAAUAUCCGCAGACAAGAGGCCGAAAUAUAUGGAUACAAGAGAACUUGAAGACGCCUUCAAAAGUUUGAUUCUCUCCUCUAUUCAAGAGCUGGUUGUGGAAGGAAAACUUAACUCCGAAAUUUUGCCAAGCGAUGAGGAAGCAAAAGAAGUAAAGGCCGACAAGCGGGGGCGACAGGGUCUGUGCUGGCGCCGUUCAAAUGGCAAAGUCCGUCCUUUCUUCUGCUGGAGAGGAAACGACACUCCUCCCUCUGACGCUAAGCGUGGGUCUCAGGGACUCUGCUACAGGAGAAUCUCACAAAAUCGCGUCAUGCCGUACGUGUGCUGGAAGAACAACAAGUAAACGUUCCGCCGAAAAGUGAACCCCUUACAGAUUUUACGACAAUGCCCUCGGGACUUGGGAUUAGUUUGGGAGUUUUUCGCACGGACAGGGAUUUGUAUCGUUAUUGUAUCCAACACAUUAUUGUAUCUAACCGCAGUUGUUUCCUAAUUACAUUGAUAAGCCAGUGCGGAUUUUCAUUUAAGGCCACUCCACGUAAAUGAGAAGGUUAUGACGAUUUUCGCUUCAAAAGAGGUAGUAAAUUAAAUUACUACGCCAGGCAGCUUACCGUUUGGAACAUCUGUUUGCAUCACCGUUUUAUUUCACUUAUUUAUUGACGAUCGUGUGUCUCAAGUUAACUCGACGUUGUGCAAUUUAUAUUCACUUUGCUGUUCUUUGAAUACAAUGACGCGAUCUAUUCAAAUCUGGCAAGAUGAUUCCAGAGUAUGUAUUUCAGCUACAAGGGGUAAUGUGCAAAUACAUAUAAUAGCAAAAAUGGAGAUGUGUUUUUAUCACCUUGUAUCAAUAGUAUCACCUUUCUUAUUAUAAAACACAUGUAGCUAAGUGUUCGUCUAUUGAAAUGAUACAGUAUUCUGUAGUUCCACGGAAAAACUUUAUUCUAUGUAGCUCUUUGUACACUGACGUUGACAAAAAUGUACCCGUAUUUGUUUGAGAUGUUUACCUUCAAAAAUGUAAAAUAAAGUUUUGG